UAAAUAAAAGAAAUAGUGAAGGAAAUCUGUGCUUUAAGUGUCUACCAUGAAGUGGAAUCCUACUCUGCCUAAAUUUCUGACCUUAGGAAGGCUGUUUUCUUUUUGAGAACUCUCAGGAACAAACGCACAAGAGAAGAGCUGCUCAGAGUUUGCUUUGCCAACUUUCCACACAAGAGCUUUCAGGAAAGCAAGAAGGGAUCACAUCGGAAGAAUCUCUGUUCCAUUCAUGAAUGCAAGCAAGAAAGUGGAUUUGAAAAUCAUUAUAAUUGGAGCUCUAGGUGUAGGCAAAACCUCUCUCCUACUUCGAUAUGUUCACAAAACAUUUCAUGAAGAUUAUCAAACUACCCUAGGAGCCAGUGUCUUGUCUAAGAUGGUGGUGGUGGACAAUACCACCCUGAAGCUGCAGAUUUGGGACACAGGAGGACAAGAACGGUUCCGGUCCAUGGUAUCAACAUUUUACAAAGGCGCAGAUGCCUGUGUGCUGGCCUUUGAUGUCACAGACAAGGAUUCUUUUGAGUCCUUGAAUUAUUGGAGGAAAGAUUUUCUGCAGAAGGUCACUCCUACAGAACAAAACUUCCCUAUGGUUGUUCUGGGGAAUAAAAUUGAUUUGAAGAAACGAGAGGUAUCCAAGGAGGAAGCUACAUUAUGGUGUGUGAAGAAGAACAUUGCCUACUUCGAAGUUAGUGCCAAAGAUGAUAUCAAUGUUGUGCAAGCCUUUGAGACUUUAUCAAAGCAAGCACUCUCAAGGUACCGAGGGACCAUUGAGAGCUAUCUCACAGAUUCUAUUAAACUUAUUCCUGAAGAUGAGCCCAGAAAGAAAUGCUGCUGAGAUAUUGGUUGGAAAGAUGGCGUUUUUUCACUCAGGGAACAGUCACAGUUGUUGGAAAUCCCCACGCCAAUCAAGGAGGGAAGAAUACUUACAGCAACCACAUCCCAGGAAAGACAAGAAAAUGGCAGGUGAUGACUGAAACAAGCAGAUGGGAACCAGCCUAAAGUAUCUGGAUUACAGCUGUCAUCCUUCCUGCUCCAGUUGCAUUCUGAGAUGCCAUUUUGAAGCUCAGUACCAUCUUUCAAAGCACACCCAUGAAAUGACCUUGUUAAUUUGCCAAACUGAGGACUGUCUUUCUCAUCUCUGGUUACUACUGUUUUCCAUCUCUUAUUGUUGCCUGUUAACAAUUCAGGCAAAUUCUUUUCAGUUUCCACAUAGGUGCUUGGACUGCCUACACUUUUGGUGCUUGAACUGCCUACAUAGUGCCCAACAGCACAACCCGAAGGGGCAUAAGUAAACCUCUCAGUCCCCUCCUUUGAAAAUAAUCUGAACUGAUUUUGCAACUCUGACAAGUAUCCAUGUUCACGUUGGUUCACCAUACUCACUUGUAACACUACUGAGAGGCUGAAGCUGACAAUUCAGUUAAAGAUCUUUAAAAUGUAUAUUAUUCAAAGAAUAGAGAGUUGCCUGAAUGCUAGCGUGCAACCCGAAGAAUUAAAAAUCUUUGGGUCCAGUUCCAUUGUCUGCAUUCUUCAGUAUAACUUCUCAGAAAUUCAAGAUUUUGCACAUUCACUUAUUAAAGUCUGCAGUUUUUCCUCGGGAACCUGGUUCCACCUUACGCAUACACCAGAGAAGAGCAUUUCUAGUAUUCAUGUUACUGAUGCAUCACAUUUCUAACACUAUACUGGAGAUUACCUUCUCAGAUGCACACAUGUUUGUGCAAUGGCAAACAGCACAUUUAAAUUCACAAACAUGACAUGCAACCAGGACAAAUUAUGCCACCUUCAGUUUCCUCAUAUGUAAAAAGGGAACAAUUUCCACUUCUCUGGGAUAUUCUUCAAAGUUACAAAGGCAAUAAGAAAUAUUAUAGAAGAAUUUUUGAGAACAUUAUUUUAAAUCUGAGGUCACUUCUACAUAGCAGUGUUGCUCUGUUUUGCAUCUCAAAUUGCAGGUCCCCCCCCCCCCCAAGAGCAUUCACAUGACAUCCUCCUCCAAUUCACUUAUACAGUUUCCCCUGCUUUCCCCUGUUCUUUCCAAAACCUCCUUUGGCAUGAUCUUUCUGGCAAGACUGUAUUUAAAGCAGGUUUGCCCACCAAACCUCAUUGCCUACAUUACUGGCACUUCCCUUACACUCACCAUGAUCUCAUCCCUGGGCCACCAGCACAUUUUUUGCUGGCUUUAAGAAAAAUGGUAAUAGCUGAAGUGACAUACAUACUCCUAUGGAGAACAGCGGGAGCUAGAGUAGACAGAGGGCAAGUGCAGAGAAUAUCUCCAUGUAUAUGCUCCAUCAUCACCGUGAAUGCCUGUAUUUCCCCUUCACUUCUAUCAAUUCACAAACUUUGCAAAACAAAAAUGUUUAUCAGGGUAUUCUUAUAAAAGUAUUACAGGUGUGGUAUAAUUGAACAGGGAAUAUAAGGGAAUCUAUAUGCAGUCUGUUGCACUAUGGUAUGUCAUGCCUUAGACAGGGUUCUUUUUCUACACUGUUGUCCAGUCCCGUAAUCAUUGUUUAUUGGAUGUUUUAUGUAGUUUGAUUAAAUUGUUUUUUUAUA